UACAUCACUUCGUUGGAGCCAUCUACGAUUUGGCCGAAAAUCCUCCGCAAUAUCAACACUUAGCCCGAAAAACAGCCAAGAUAGGCACCUGACCUACAAGCAUGUGGGAUGGACCAGGGCCAGGGCAGGGACCACGGGGCGGACCACCACCCUUUCGUGGUGAUCAUCGUGGAGAAAUGUUUGGGGGCAGAGAUCGUCCCAUGCCAGAUUACAGAGGCAGAGAUGGGAUGAACAUGGGUCCCAUGGGUCACAUGGGCCCGAGACCUCUAGAUAUACCACCCAUGGACAUGAGGAGAAUGGAUGGGCCACCGAUGAGGGGGCGUGAUAUGGACCCACGUGACAUGCGAGGAAGGGAGCCAAACAGAGAUUUCUUCAGACCUGGAGAUGAGCCAGACUUCAGCCUUCGAAGGCAAUAUGAAGUUUCCAUCCGAGACAAACUUAUGAAUGCUUCUGGUUUCUCAGGGCCAGGCAGGAACUCGGUAGACAUGGGAGGAAGGGGUAUGCCACCACGAGAACCAAACAACAGGUUUAUGGACACCGGAGACAGAGAAUCGUUUAAUUACAACAUGCCACGGUUCAACAACCCCAAUAUUGAUGGAAGAAGAGGGUUUCCCAUGGACAGAAUGGAGCGAAAUGAUGGAUUUAGGGACAUGCAUGACAGACCUCCGAUGGGCAUUGGUGACUCCAAUCGCUUUGAUAUGGACCUGCCCCCACGUGAAAGGAGACCGAUGGACACUGACAGAAGAGGGGGGCCACCUUUCAAUCCAAGAGGCGGGUUUGAUUCCGACAUGGAUUUCAGAAAUCGCCCCGGACCAUCAGGUGAAUUUAGAGGUAGAGAUCGAUCGCCUUUAAAAUUUGGAAACAGUGACGUCCCUGCAGUGGACAGGGCAAGACCAGACAUGCCUCCAGAUAUUCCUCAGAGGACAGAGUUCAUGGGUGCAGGAGACUGUGUUGGGAAGAGAGAGUACCAAGACUCAAGCGGCAGUCCACUUAUGGAUUAUCGGAGUGGUGAAGAGAUGACACUUGCAGAAGAAUGGAAGAACCGUCGGAAGGACAAGACCCCUUUUUUCAAUGUGGCUAAAGGUAUGGGAGGUGCACCUGAACCCAGUUUUCCUGUUGGUUUUGGACGAGAUGCAAAUGUCAGGGAUCCACCACCAUUUCAGGAGAGGGAUAAGCCUCCUGUUGACUUCCCAGGGAAAGAUGUUGGCUUCCACCGUGCUGACCACUUUCCUGCUAUGGGUCUUCCACCAAUGGGCAGCAAAGGUUCACAAGACCAUCCGCUCCCAGAAAUGAGUCCCCUAGCUGGCCCUCUUGGGAGAGAAAAUGAGGGUAAACACUGGCUUGGAGAAAGGGACCCAAAGCAUAUUCAGAAUAAGUCAAACCAUGAUGAAAGGCCCCCUUACAAUCAAGAUAAGAAUCAGCCCUCGCAUGAGAUUCAGCAGCCAAACGAUUGCUUUAAAGGAAUGAAAGAUAUGCCACACAAUCAAGGACCUGGCAGGGGUAAGCUGGGGGCAGAACAUGAUUUCCAAAGCAACAGCACUGUACAGGCACGAGACCAAGACUACAGGGACAUCGAUUAUAGAACAGGGUCCGGAAGGGUGUUUGACUACAAACACGAAGAACUUCACGCACCAGAGAAACUCCUCAAAGAGUCCAAACCCAUCACACCUUCAAAGUUUAGUGAUUCUGGUUCACAGGAUCAAGAUUACAGGAGCGCAUCGGUGGAAGAAAAAGUGUCCAAUAUUAUAUCCGUAACUGGUAUUCCAAAGACUGCCACGAUGGAGCAGAUUCUCGGUGCCUUCGCUGUCCGUGAUGGUGUGCCAAUGCAGGGGAUGAAAAUCAAAAAUGUUGUGCCAGGUUACAGCUACGAUAUGGCCUAUGUGGAGUUUUUAAACCUCGAGGAUGCAGUCCACUUCAUGGAGUCCAACAAGGGGUCCCUAAAGGUUGGCACUAGAACAACUUCCAUGAAGUAUAUCGAGCCAGACGAGUGUGAAAGAGGUGUUCAUGAAUCAGAUCACAAAGUACCUCAACUCCAGGAGCCCCAGUUGCCCAGAUCAGAUCAACCUUUAGACGAGUUGAAGACAAACCUGAAUGGCUCUAAACCAAAAGGUCCCAUGGAGCCGGUGCCCCCCGGCCAGUGGCAGCGUAGCUCUGACCUGACUCCAGAGGCCUGGCAGCAGCAGGUGGACCAGCAGCUCCAGCAGCAAGAGAUGGAGCAACAGGCCGAGUCCUGGAGCAACCGCAACCCUCCUCUUCACAGCUCACAACAACCUGACUCUGUGUUUAGAGACAGCAAAACCAUGAUAAUAAAAAAUGUGAAGCCUACCACCACAGUAGAGACUAUCCUGAAGGCCUUGGAUCCGUUUGCAUACCUAGAUGAGAGGAAUGUUCGUCUCGUGAAGGCCAAGCCGCCUGGAGCAAAGUGCUUCUGCUUCGUUGACAUGGACUCCCAUGAGCAAGUGACCCGUCUGGUGGAGCUCCUCACUAAACCUAGACCCCUGUACGUCGAUGGAGUCAGAGUUUAUGCUGAGGUUGCAAAACCUCUUAAGAACCAAAACUUCAGAAGAGAUUUUGAUAAACCAAACACGUCUAUCCUCGGGUAUCCCCCUGAGGCCGCCAUGGUGGGGCAGCAGCAGCAGCAGCAGCAGCAGCAGCAGUACCCACAGCCUCCACCGUUCCUGCCACCUCUGCAGCCACCUACUGGUCCUCCUCCUGGGAUUCCAGGUGAUUUAAUGGCUGGCAGCUCUAAUCCUGCUCUGUCAUCAGACCCCAGCGUGAGCCAGGGAGUCGGCUAUGUUGAAGCUCCACCAGUGGAUCCGUCGUACCAGGCUGUUGCGCCUCACAUGCCCACAGACUUAGCUGGGAUGAGCGCCACCACAGAGGGAUCACAGGCCUACGUUUAUGGCUCUGACACUCCAGACAUCACCAACUACCUGUACGAUGCCACGUCAGGCUUCUAUUACGAUCCAGAGACGACACUGUACUACGAUCCUAACUCCAGGUAUUUCUACAACGCUCAAACCCAGGAGUACAUGUACUGGGAUGCUGUGUCCAAGACCUACGUCCCAGUUCCAGGAGGUACCUCUGCAGACACCCAACCUGUGACCAUGACUGCUGAAGACCAGGCUAUUCUUUCCAACCCAGCAGCUGACGCUCCUCUAGAAAUGAAGAAACCGUUGCCACCCCAAGCUUCUACAGCUCCGGCAGCGGUCCCGGUUUCGGCCGGCGGCUCCACUUCGGAGCUCGCCACGUCCACAGCGGCUGGUGACAGAAGGGAAGACGACGACUUGGCUAAAAAGGACAAAGAGAAGGACAACAAAGACGAGAAGCCGAAAAGUCUUGCUGCAGUCAAGAUCAUGAAAGAUAUGGAGCGCUGGGCAAAGAUCCAGAACCGUCAGAAGGAAAGUGUCCGGGCCCCGUCUCCGGUGCUGAAGAUGGGAAUGGACGACGACAGGAGGCAGUCGAAGUCGGCUGAUGCUGGUUUUGCUAUUUUCGAGAGGAAGAUCUCUGGUGGAGAUGAUCUUUUUAAGAAGCCGCUCGCUCCUCCAAAGAAAGAUGAAAAGUCAAAGCGUCCGAUGGGCUCUCUGGGUCUGCUGGCGUCCGACUAUGCAGCUGGAAGCGACGAAGAGGUGGAAGAAGAUAAGGACGACGGAGCUAAAAGCAGUCAGGGCAGCCAGCCAGAUGACAAGGACGACAAACUGACAGACUGGAAGAAGAUGGCUUGUCUUCUCUGUAGGAGACAGUUCCCCAACAAGGAUGCUCUAAUCCGCCACCAGCAGCUUUCUGACCUGCACAAACAAAAUAUGGAGAUCCACCUCAAGAUCAAGAGGUCAAAGAAGGAGUUAGAGGCGCUUGAGAACCAGGAGAAAGAACUGAACGCCAGAGAGACGUCGAGAUCACCUGAACAGAAAAGAAGAAAACACCACCAGCAGCUGCAGCACCAUAACACCUGGGCAGGAAGCUCCAGGGAGACGAACAAAGCCAGUGACAGGCCUGGUUUAGGGGCAGAAUCUGCUCCGCAGAGGAAGAAGAAGGAGCCGGUCGUUUGGGACAACACCACCUACAAACAAGCAGUGCGCAAAGCCAUGUUCGCACGGUUCAAGGAACUUGAGUGAUCUCAUCUGAACACACCUCGCUUCGAUAUGUGAAUUGUUAAUGACAUGCUUUCCCACGUUGGCACGAGAAAAUCCCUCGGACUGUCUUCUCUGUGUCUCUGCCAUGGACGUCGCUCCUCUGUAGAGCCACAGUUUUGUACAAGGGACAAACGAUGUGGCCUCAGGACCACGUUAUGAGGUACAGUGGAGUCGUCAACGAUGAAUUUUGUAUGGAAAGAGUCAAUUCAUCCUGUUGAUUUAAGUAUUUUCGCCCAUGUUCUUUGUGUGGCCUGUAUGUACAAUUUGUGAACCAAACUUUUCUUUUCUUUCUUUUUUUUUUAAUGACACUGGCCACAGAUGCAUUUUAUUUUGAGAAGAAUUGAUUUUUACAUUGUCGUUAUUGUGAAAUGAAACUACGUGUUCACAUUUUAAGUAAAAAAAAAAAAAAAGAAAGAAC